AUGUUAAUAUAUGGCAUAAUAGCUGAUGUUGUUGAUGAUUAUGUGCGCACAGGCGAGAGAACUACAAUUGAAUGCUUGAAAAAAUUUGUUGAAGGUGUCAUUUUGGUGUUUGAAGAUGAAUACUUGCGAAAACCAAAUUCAAAUGAUAUAAGACGCUUGCUACAAAUGGCAAAGGGCCGUGCCUUUCCUAAUUGUUCAGCAGUGUUCGAUGAUAUUCUAAAUGAUCGUGCUCCGGAAGUAAAUUACACUAUCAAUAAUAAUCAUUAUACUAUGGGAUACUAUUUAGCAUAUGGUAUUUAUGCUGAAUGGGCCAUAUUUGUCAAAUCAAUAUCAAAGCCACAAUGGGAGAAACACAAGUUAUUUGCACAAUACUAA